AUGACUUCGAGCGUCGAGUCUUCGGGCGGACGAGACAAUCUCUCGACAGUGUCUACAAUUCUCGGACUCAUUCUUUUUGUCCUUCUUGUCAUUUCUAUUCUCGUACGACGCGUGCUCAUUGCCAGACGCAUACGCAUGAUCCGCGCACGGGCACGCCAGGACGACAAUCUGCUCUUCUACCGCGUCACACAAGAGGGAGUUCGACAAGGAAGAGACUCUAAUGAACCCCGUACGAUUGCGCUUGGAGCGAGAGCAGACCUUUGGAGGAAACCAAUACUAUGGGAGGAGCAGAUGGACACUUAUCUCGACGAUAAGAAGCAGUCAAUGACCCUGGGCGACAUGCAGCCGAUAUCCCUCCAGCUCACCACUCCUCAUACAACUUCACAAUUCCCCGCAAAGCCAAAGACGAAACCCGCACGGACGUCGCGGUCGUUUCUAUUCCGCAGCCACACCAAUGAUGCACCACUACCGCCGCCAGACGACCCACCGCGGAUAUCAGCAGAGAGCGAAAAGGAGAACAAGGUCGAGCACCGUCACCCUCUCCUCUUGACCUUUAUCGUCUCCAUGCCAAAUCCCGCGAAUCCACAGUUCACUCGUACACACACAAAUCAUCCUCGUACCCGAGAAACACCAUCAGGGAUUGAACUGGGGAUAACGUGUCCAUUGGUGAGCUUGCCAUCCAUCACCGUCAAGCAAGAGGACUUGGAGUCGUGGUGGGACCUGCCUUCGAGUCCAUUGGGUGCGUCUGGGAGUAAUCUCCGCUUCCCGACUGCGACGACAAUGUACACAGCCCUGCAAGAGCGACACGAAGCCGAGAGAGUGUUGCAGUUGCAUCCCGAGUUAUUCCAGCACUUACGGUAUAGCUAUGCGCGUCGGUAG